UGUAUUUCUCUCUCUCUCUCUCUCUCUCUCUCUCUCUCUCUCUCCCGCAGCGGUGCACGAGCAGAUGUUUGCCGAGCUAAACAAACGCACAGUUUUUUUUUUCUUUCUUUACAGCAAAUCCGUUACCGGAUGGUCAAAAUUUCACGCCGUUCAGCAACACAACCGGGACAUUUUUGUGUGUGCGUGUGGAGGUCUAUGUGUGUGUGUUUUUAUCCUUUGCUCUGAAACUUGCGAGAGGUUUAUUUGAUGGUUUUAUUCGCCGCACGCGCACCUGCGAUAUGAUGCUCUAACGCGCCGUUUGUGAGCGGCGCGAGCGGCAGUGACACAGAAGAGGAGGAGUAGGAGGAGGAGGAGGAGGAGGCGCGCUGAAGGACGAAGAGGAGUGAGAGUAGGGAAAAAGGAAAGGAGAGGAGGAAGAGGAGAGGAGGGAGGAGAUCGGACGCAGUAGCGCCGCCACUCCGAGUCUAAACUCUGCGCACGCGAAACACUCAAAGCUCCACGCGCUGCAAGGAAGGACGGACGCACGCACGCACGAACGCAGAUUAUUCUUAUUUUUUUUAUUCAUCCUUAGGUGUAUUUUGAAUACAAGAAAGAGAGAGAAGAAGAAGAAGGAAAAGAAGAAGGCGACGAUGCCGUUUCACCCGCGUCCCUUUGUGCGCUGGAGAGCCGCGCAGAUUCUCGCCUCGGUUUGUCUUCUGUCCAUCGGAUUCACCUGCACCGGAGCGGAGCACGCCGCCACGGUGACGCACCCUCUCCCCGCCGCCUUCGCGGAUCUGCUGCCUCACUUCCUGGUGGAACCGGACGACGUCUACAUCGUAAAGAACAAGCCGGUGACGCUGACCUGCCGAUCCACGCCUGCCACCCAGAUCUACUUCAAGUGUAACGGAGAGUGGGUUCAUCAGGACGACCAUCUGAUCGAGCGCACCGUCGAUCCGGCUACAGGUUUCCCAGUGAUGCAGGUGAAGAUUGAUAUCUCACGCCAGCAGGUGGAGAAGAUCUUCGGGCUGGAGGAUUACUGGUGUCAGUGUGUGGCCUGGAGCACUACAGGAACCCAGAAGAGCCAAAAGGCUUACGUACGCAUCGCCUACCUGAGGAAAAACUUUGAGGAGGAGCCGCUGGGCAAAGAGGUGGCUCUCGAUCAGGAAGUGCUCCUCCGCUGCCAUCCACCAGAGGGCGUCCCGACCGCCGAGGUGGAAUGGCAGAGGAACGACGAGUUGAUCGACCCCAAAACUGACCCCAAUUUCUUCAUCACAGUGGACCAUAAUCUCAUCAUCAAACAAGCCCGGCUGGCCGACACGGGCAACUACACCUGCGUGGCCAAGAACAUUGUGGCGCGGCGCAAAAGCUCCUCAGCCGCCGUGAUUGUCUACGUGAACGGCGGUUGGUCCACGUGGGCCACGUGGUCAGCGUGCAGCGCCAUGUGCGGCCGCGGCUGGCAGAAGAGGAGUCGGAGCUGCACUAACCCCGCCCCCCUGAACGGAGGCUCCGCCUGUGAGGGCCAGAGCGUCCAGACGAGCGCCUGCACGGCCACCUGUCCAGUGGAUGGAGGCUGGAGUGAGUGGAGUAAAUGGUCAGCGUGUGGGGCCGACUGCACCAUGUGGAGGAGUAGGGAAUGCACCCAGCCUGUACCGGGUACUGGAGGCAAAGCGUGCCAGGGUCUCGACCUCCAGUCACUGAACUGUACGAGCGAGCAGUGUCCACAGACCGUGUCCGGUGCAGAGGAUGUGGCUCUCUACGUGGGCAUCGUUGCCGUGGCGCUGUGUCUCACUCUUCUGUUGGUGGUCCUGGUCCUCGUGUAUCGGAGAAAGAAGGAAGGUUUGGAUGCAGACGUAGCCGACUCGUCAAUCCUCACAACCGGGUUCCAGCCCGUGGGUAUCAAACCCGCCAUGCCAGAAAACUCUCACUUGCUCACAAUCCAGCCGGACCUGACCACGCCCGGUUACCAGGGUUCGCUGCGGACGCGUCACGACCCAACUCCUAAAUUCUCUCUGAGCGACGGCCCGCUGCUGGAGCCACUGGCUAAUGGAUCGCACACCAUGGCUAACGGCAAAGUGAGCGGCGACAGCGGACACCUCACCAGCCGUCUCGCGGCGCAGAGCUACUUCAAGACUCUGCCGCGGGACGCCGUCCACACCUCCUACGGCACCUUCAACUUCCUGGGAGGACGUCUUACCAUCCCCAACACGGGGAUCAGCCUGCUCAUUCCUCCCGAGGCCAUCCCCCGAGGCAAGAUCUAUGAGAUUUACCUUACCGUGCAGAGGAAGGACGAUGUGAGACUUCCCCUGGCCGGGUGCCAGACCCUGCUGAGUCCGGUGGUGAGCUGUGGCCCGCCGGGCGUGAUGCUGACCCGGCCCGUCAUCAUCAGCAUGGAGCACUGCUCUGAUUCCUGCACCGAUCACUGGGCCAUCAGGCUGAAGAAACAAACCUACGAGGGAACCUGGGAGGACGUGCUGCUGCUCGGUGAGGAGCUGGUGUCUGAGCCGUUUUACUGCCAGCUGGAGGCCGAGACGUGCCGCGUGUUCACCGAGCAGCUCGGACGCUUCGCUCUGGUCGGCGAGUCCCUCAGCAUGGCCGCAGCCAAACGCCUCAAACUGCUGCUGUUUGCCCCGGCUUAUUGCUCCACGCUGGAAUACACCAUCCGAGUCUACUGCACUGACGACACCCACGACCUCAUCCAGGAGGUGAUGCAGACGGAGGCUCAGCUUGGAGGUCGCCUCAUCGACGAGCCGCACGUUCUCCUGUUUAAAGACAGCUACCACAACCUGCGCCUCUCCAUCCACGACUUGCCCCAGGCCCAGUGGAGGAGCAAGCUGCUCACCGCCUACCAGGAGAUCCCGUUCUAUCACAUCUGGAGCGGCACACAGCGGAGUUUGCACUGCACUUUCACGCUGGAGCGGAUGAGUGUGAGCACAUGUGAGCUCUCCUGCACGCUGUGUGUGUGGCAGGUGGAGGGUGAAGGCCAGAGCUUCAGCCUCGACUUCAACAUUUCGAAGGACACCAGGCCACUGGAUGCUGAUCUCCUGCUGGUGGAUAAGAGCAGCCCUGCUCUGGCCGGCCCGAGCGCCUUUCAGAUCCCCUACCUCAUCCGGCAGAAGAUCUGCAGCAGUCUGGACGCACCGUGCCCCAAUGGAGCCGACUGGAGACUCCUUGCUCAGAGACUCAAACUCGACAGACACAUGAGCUUCUUCGCAUCCAAAGCGAGUCCCACAUCAACGAUCCUGGACCUUUGGGAAGCUCAGCACUUCCACAGCGGGAACCUGAACCAGCUCGCCGCCAUCAUGGCUGAGAUCGGCAAACAAGAGGCCAUGAUAUUCCUGGUGUCUGACGGGGAGUGCUAACACACACACACACACACACACACACACACACAAAUCCAGGAAUGAAGGCCUCGAAAUGCUGGAGGUCCAAAAGGUCUAACAGAGGAAGGACUAAUCUAACAGGGUUUUAGCCACCAGUCAGGUGUGCUGUGACUAUAAACACACUAAACACACACAUGCAAAGUACAUUUCCAUCCAGCAACAAUGUAGAAAACACUCCCAGAUGUUGUUCUCACCGGCCCUGUCUUGAGUCACACUUUUUUAAUUCAUUGCCGUGUUUGACUUCUAUCUCUCUGAUUUGUUUUAAACUGGAAUUGAAAAAAAUUUUUUUACAAAAAGGAUCGGAAAUUGUACGAAAGCAACUCAAAUGUUGGGACAAAAGCUAGACCUGUAGCCUGGACACCCAGGAAAAGCAGAUUUUGUGUUUGAACUAUUUAGUUUUUUUUUUAUUUGUAGUUGCCUGGAGACAAACUGAAUCAUCAUCCAGGAAAAGAAAACAUCUCACUCACUGAUUUCACAAAACUAAUGUAAACAUAUCAAGAGAAUGUAGGUUAGUAAGGAUGCUCGUCAGACUCCAUUUCUCACCUGAUCUGAGAAUCUCCUAAACAUUCACCAAUAACUGUAUCAAACAUGAUGAUGUAUCUUAAAAAAAAAGAAAAAGAAAGGAAGAAGAAAGCUGAGGUUAUCUUAAAGUCCAGUAGGUGGAGUCAGCCCUGAUCCAGAACCUCCUGUCAGGACAGAGUCAUCUAGUAGUCCAGGGCUGGAGUCAGCCCUGAUCCAGAACCUCCUGUCAGGCCAGAGUCAUCUAGUAGUCCAGGGCUGGAGUCAGCCCUGAUCCAGAACCUCCUGUCAGGACAGAGUCAUCUAGUAGUCCAGGGCUGGAGUCAGCCCUGAUCCAGAACCUCCUGUCAGGCCAGAGUCAUCUAGUAGUCCAGGGCUGGAGUCAGCCCUGAUCCAGAACCUCCUGUCAGGACAGAGUCAUCUAGUAGUCCAGGGAUGGAGUCAGCCCUGAUCCAGAUCCUCAUGUCAGGGUGGAGAUAUCUAAAAGUCCAGGGGGCGGAGUCAGCCACGAACCUGAUCCUGUCAGGGCGGAGUUAUCUAAAAGUCCAGGGGGUGGAGUCAGACCCAAUCCAAAUCCUGUUGUUAGAGCAGAGAUAUCUAAAAGUCUAGGGGGUGGAGUCAGCCCUGAUCCAGAUCCUCAUGUCAGGGCAGAGUAAUCUAAAAGUUCAGGGGGUGGAGUCGGCCCUGAUCCGGAUCCUCCUGUCAAGGCAAAGUUAUCUAGUAUUCCAAAGGGUGGAGUCAGCCCUGAUCCAGAUCCUCCUGUCAGGGAGGUGUUAUCUAGUAGUCCAGGGGGUGGAGUCAGCCCUGAUUUGGAUCCUCCUGUCAAGGCAGAGUCAUCUAGUAGUCCAGGGGAUGGAGUCAACCCUGAUCCAGAUCCUCCAGUCAGGGCAAAGUUAUCUAGUAGUCCAGAGGGUGGAGUCAGCGCUGAUCUGGAUCCUCCUGUCAGGGAGGUGUUAUCUAAAAGCCCAGGGGGCGGAGUCAGCCCUGAUCUGGAUCCUCCUUUCAGGGUGGAGUUAUCUAAAAGUUUCCAUUUAUUAAGAUACAUCAUCAUAUAACACUAGCUGCUGCUUCACCUCAUCAGUCUCCAGGCAACUAAAACUAACUUUUCCCUAGAACAGGAUUUAAUCCACCUCUGGAGGAUGAAUACAUUUACUUUCUCUAAAGAAAUCUGAUGAAAUUGCAGCUAUUUGCUGAUGAGACACUCGUUCACGUUGUAGCCGGUGUGUAUUGUGGCUGUUUGCUAUAUGCAAGAAGUGUUUCAUGAUGCUACUCCACUAUCUGCUUUACUGAAGGUCAUGAUGAUGGAGUAGAAAAGAGCCACCAGCGUGCCAGUAAUGUGACGGACACACAGACAUGAACAGCAAAAAUAUUAAUAUAAAUAUAUAAAUAAAUAAAAUAAAUAAAUAAUGAUAAAUAAAAAUAAAUAAAUAUCAGUUUUCAUAUCCGGCCGAAUCGGAUCAAACGGACUGAAGAGCGUCUGUGUGUAAACCGUCAAGCUUUUCUGUUUCAGACGCUGCUUUUUUAAAGCCAUAAACAAAAAUUCGCAGUGUGUCACGUGUGUGUGUGUGUGUGUGUGUGUGUGUGUGUGUGUGUGUGUCGACGUGAGCGUACUCAUGCUCUUUACAACACGUAGCUGAUGUGUGGAGAAGAGAUUUUAAUAUCAUGCUGAAAACAUUUUUCAGGGAAUUUUUUUCCCCCCGUUUUGUUUUCUCAACAAAAAAAAUUCUACUUUUUUUUUUAUUUUAAUUUUUUAAAAAUAAAUUAUAAUUUGAUCAUUUUAUAAAGAGCACUCCGAACAAAAAGAGAGGAAUUUUAGUCUAAAAUGCAAUACUAUUCUUUGUAUUUUUUUUUAAUCUAAUCAAAUGGUCAGAAAAACAGAGCUAGUUUUUGGGGCAUUCUGUAAGAGUUUUACAUCUAAAAUCAAUCUGAAAUUUUCUGCGAGAAGAAAAAAAAAAGAGAAGAGAGAUCGAGAAGUAAGAAGCUGCGUGACAAACAAACAAACAAACAAACAAACAAACCUUGUAAUAAAGGUCACGUGAUCAAAUAUCAGUAAUAUACCAAGCAGGAAGUCCUUUUCUCUCUCCUCCUUUUUCUCCUUCUCUCCUCCCCUCUUCCUCUCCCCUCCUCUUCUUUCACUCUGCUCCUCCUCUCCUCUACUGUCCUUCUCUCACCUCUUCUCCUCCUCCUCUCACCUCUUCUCUUUCUUCUCCUCCUCCUCUCACUCCUCUCGCCUCUUCUUCUUUCUUCUCCUCCUCCUCUCAGUCUUCUCCUUCUUUCACCUCUCCUUCUAUCUCUUUUCCUCUUCCUCUCCCCUUCUCUUCCCUCCUCUUUCUCUCUGCUCAUCCUCUCCUCUCUCUCUUCUACUCUUCCUCUCCUCUCUCUCUUCUACUCUCCUUCUCUCACCUCUUCUCUUUCUUCUCCUCCUUCUCUCACCUCUCCUUCUAUCUCUUCUCCUCUUCCUCCUCCCUUCUCCUCUCCUUUUCUCACUUCUCUUUCUCUCUGCUCCUCCUCUCCUAUCUCUUCUCCUUUUCUCUCUCUUCUCUUCCCUCUCCUCCUUCUCUCUUCCUCUUCCCUUCUCUUCCCCCCUCUCCUUCUCUCACCUCUCCUCUUUCUCUCUGCUCCUCCUCUCCUUCUCACCUCUUCUUCUCUUUCUUCUCCUCCUUCUCUCUGCUCCUCCUCUCCUUCUCUCACCUCUUCUUCUCCUCCUUCUCUCACCUCUCCUUCUAUCUCUUCUCCUCCUCCUCCCUUCUCCUCUCCUUUUCCCACUUCUCUUUCUCUCUGCUCCUCCUCUCCAUCUCUUCUCCUUCUCUCUCUCCUCUUCCUCUCCCUUUCUCUUCCCUCUCCUCCUUCUCUCACCUCUCCUUCUCUUUCUUCUCCUCCUUCUCUCACCUCUCCUUCUCUUUCUUCUCCUCCUUCUC